AGUGUGCGUAUAUAUCCUUCCCCACUGCGUCCCUCCUUUAGAGCACCGCCCGAGCGAGUGACCAGAGAACGCGAGGAUAACAUCGAUCGACCAUGGGGAAUUGCCAGGCGGUGGACGCGGCGGCGGUGGCGGUGAUCCAGCACCCCGACGGGGGGGUGGAGAGUUACUCCUGUCCCCUCUCUGCCAGCGAUAUCAUGGCCGCCAACUCCGGCCACUACGUCGCCGUCAUCAUGACCGUCACCCACCCUCGCUCCUCCUCCGCCGCCUACCAUCGCAGCAGCAGAAGAAGCGGAGGUGGAGACGGAAAGCAGGUGAGGUACCUGAAGCUGCUCCGCCCGGACGACACCCUCCUUGUUGGCCACUUCUACCGCCUCGUCAGCUUCGAAGAUGUGCUGAGAGAGUUCGGCUCGAAGAGGCGCGUGAGGCUCAGCAAGUUGCUGGCCAAGAAGGAGGAGGAGCUCAGGAAGCAGCGCGAGGAAGCGAACCCUUCUUCUUCCGUGGUGGAGGGAGAGGAGGAAACCAUGGGAAGUGUUGACAGCAGAAACAGCGUCAGGGUGGCACGGAAGGGGCAAUGGAGGCCGGCAUUGCAGACCAUUGCAGAGGCUGAUAGCUUCAAGUAGAUAAUUCUCCCGGUUUGAUGCACGUAAUGUUUAGAUCAUGGUGUUCACAGCCUGCGCUUCUUGGUUCGCCUCUCACACUCUAUAUCUAAGAAGAACAUGUUGUUGUUGUUGUUGGCUCAACAUUGCGUCGAUUGAACCUGUGUUUGUUGUUUGUUCUAAUUUGGUUCUGUAAAUUAAGUAUAAUAGGAACUUGAAUUCAAUCAGGUCGAGACAA